ACCUAUUAAAAAUUAAGAUUGAAAUCACUUUUAGAUAAAUAAUUAGGGAUUUCUAUAUAGAUAUUUUUGUCGCAUGUUUUUAAAUACAUUUUAUAUUGAUUGAUCAGUAACAGUUAAAUACUUAGCGUUUUGGCGCGUGUUACUUUUGUCCCUUUCGCUUCUACUAAACAUAUUUUACACGCAACUAAAUAAUGGAAAAGGAUGAUGAAAAGUUUUUUUACGAAGAUGUAGUGGCCAUGGUGUCUCCAAAAUCUGGUCUAGUUAAGUAUGGAUUGGUUUUAACUACAAAUAGAACGCGAUCGGAAACGGAGCUAAAAAAAAGCUCGUAUAAAAGUCCCAAUGAAAUUAAAGUAAUUUGGCAUCCAAAUGGAACCGAGGAAAUUAUCUCUGAUGAUAAAGUUGUGUUGAUCGAUCGAUCACUGAUGCCUGGUGAUGUAGUACGUAAGGUCAGUGAAGGUAAACCAAGUCAGUUUGGGUACUGUGAAAAUGUUGAUAUUUAUGCCACGGUAAAAAUACUUAACACCAACAAGAUAAUCGAAAACAUAAGUUCUCGAAACUUAACUCACACCAAGCCAUUUUCCAUAGACUCCUCAGUUUUUUAUGAAUCAUGGGUUGGCGGUGUCUAUGAUGUUAAAUGUAAAGUUACAUUUGCUUCUCAAGAUGGGUCUAUUUUUACAUUAGAUGAUCCAUUUAGGCAAGAUUUUAUAAGUUUAUCUACAAGUGAUAGUUUUUCCAUUGAUGACAAUGUAUUCUAUCAUGGACAAAAGUUGAAAAUGUGUCUAGAUUCUUUAGAAAAUGCCAAAUUUAUAACUAUCAGCAACUUAAUGAAUUGUUUGUGGCAUAAUUAUAAGAAGAAAUGUAAUUUAAAACUUGCAGCCAAGUGGAUCAAAGUUUAUGUACAAGAUAUUUCUGUGUUAUCUGUUGAAGUUGAAUGGUAUUGCCAAACAUCAAGUAGAACGAAACCUCGCGAAGAACAUUGGCCAGAAAGAAUUAUUACUGGAGAUAAUUUAAAAAAACUGAAAACUAUAGAUUUAUUUGAACCAUGUUCAAUUCAAGUGGGUGAUACACAGUGGUAUACUAUUAAAGACACUGACAAUUUGAUAACAAUAAAACAAUGGCGUACUAAAUGUACAGAAACUUUUGAUACAGGGUCUGGUGUAUCAUCUUGUAAAAUUAAAAAAGAAAAACAUCACAACAAAUUUCUAGGUACCAAAAAAGCUCAGAAGAGUAUGAAUUCUAUCGAUUUUGAAACUUUAGAUGAAUUAAUAUGUGCACAAAGUGUUUCUAAUCGGAAUGUUUCAUCUUUACAAAUUCAAAGAACUGAACGAAUAGUAAAUAGAGAAAUUAAAUUUACUACACAAUCAAAAAAAUCUGAACCUAAACCUUCUUCAAGCACAAUAGGGAAUAGUUCCAUACAUACAACAAAAUCAAGUAGACUAAAAAGACAUCGGAUGUGGAAAACAUUGGUAAAAAAGAGUAAACAAUUUAAUGUUCCAAAAGUUUCUACAAAAUCUAAAUCAAAAGUUGUUGUUGAGAUUUGUCACACUAAAUCUAUGGUAGAUGUUAUAUGGCAGGAUGGUACUAGAGAAACAGGAGUGCCUUCCACUGAUCUAUACCCAAUUCAGACCCUUGAUGAUCUCGAAUUCUUUCCGGGUGAUUUUGUCACUGAAAAAAGUCCUGCUAUUGACGUUUAUGGUGUUAUAGAAUCUGUUGAUCACACAGAACGUACUGCUCAUGUACAAUGGUUUAAAGUUUUUCCUGAAAAUCCUUCAUUGCCAAAUCCUAUUGAAAAGACUGAUUUUAGUGUUUAUGAUUUACGUGAUCAUCCUGAUUUCCAUUUUAAAUCUGGUUGUCUCAUUAUACAUAUUAGCCCUGAAACAAAUCCAGAUUUAAAUACACUAACUGCUGGACAAGUAUUAAGUGCUGGGCCUAAUGGCAGAAUCUUAGUGAUGUGGAUAAAUGGUGAAAAAACAGAAUGUUGGCCUCAAGAAUUAUUUGUUGUCAAACUACAUGAUGAUGAUGGCUUUAGCUAUCAAGAUGAAGAAUAUGAUGAUGAUGAUGAUGAUGAUGAUGCUCCUCUUGCUAUUGAUGAUGACUUAUCUGAAGAUUGGAUGUCUAUAACCAGUCCUGGAUCAUCAAAUAAAAGUCGUGAUCAAGAAAAUAAUGAACGAUUUCCCAAAUUAUUACUUCAAUCGUUAAAACAAGCUACUUCGGGUAUGAAAUCAUUUCUAGAUGCUGUUGAACACAAUCGAGAUAUUGAUAAAGUUUUGAAACUACAAAAGUCUUUAGAACAAAUAAGGUUAGGAUUUAAUGUCAGUUCAUUUUUGCUAACUUCUGAAACUAGAGAAAUAGAAACAUCUUAUAAGGAGCUUAUGGAAAAUGUUUCUAAAAUGAUUGAUAAAAUAAUCUCAAGAAUAAGUAAUAACAGAGGAGGAGCUGAAGAAGAAUUGUCAUAUGAGACUUUAAUUGGAGAUAGUGUGGACAAAUUAAAAAAGGUAGUGACAGAUUUCACGGACAAAGUUAAUCGAGCCUUUAAAGAUACAUUAGGUUCUACCAAUUCUUUAGCUAUAGCAAAGUGUUGUAAAAAAGAAGACUGUAGUGAAAAAGAAGAUUUAAAUGUUGGCAAGUUGGAUAUUAUUGAACCAGUCCUAGCAAAUCAAAUAAUAGAACUAAAUUCUUCUAAUAGUAUUUCUGUGGAUACACUUGUAGAGCCAGAUAAAUGUGAAGUAAUAGCCAAACCAGAAGAAGCUGGAGUUUUUGAUAUGGUAGAAACGCUUGUGGAAAAUUCACACAAAUAUGCCAAUGAUUCUUUUAAUGUAAAUCCAACAGUAUUAAAAUGUAUUAGCAAAGACAUUCAAAUACUUCAAAGAAGUUUACCAGCUGGGAUUUGGGUGAAAAGUUUUGAAAAUCGUAUGGAUUUGUUUAGUGUAAUGAUAAGAGGACCUGAUAAAACUCCAUAUGCUGGUGGCUUAUUUUUGUUUGAUGUAAAAUUACCUAUUAGCUAUCCACUCCAGCCUCCACUUUGUCAUUAUUAUAGUUUUUGCGAUGACCGAUUAAAUCCAAAUUUAUAUGAAGAUGGAAAAGUAUGUCUUAGCCUUUUGGGCACUUGGUCUGGUCAUGGUGUUGAAUUGUGGUCACCUAGGGAUUCUAAUUUAUUACAACUUCUAGUAUCCAUACAAGGACUGAUAUUGGUUAGUGAACCUUACUAUAAUGAAGCUGGAUUUGAUUCUCAACGAGGUCAAAAGCUUGCAAGAGAAAAUUCUCGUGUUUAUAAUGAAAUGGCUUUGAUUAAAGUAGUGCAGUCAAUGACAAAUAUUUUAAAUAUGAGUUAUUUGAAUUCUAAUAAUAUAAGAUAUUUUAAAGAUGAAAUACUAGAACACGUAAAAUCUCAUGGUCAAGAAUUAAUUAACACAAUUGAAAAUUGGAUUAAAAUGUCUGAAAGAGACUUGUCUGAAGAUGAAAAACUACUUCCUGGUUAUCCGUUAUUGCCGCUUUCUAAAGGUUUCUGUCUAUCUAUCAAAAAAGCACUAAAAGAUUACAAUGAAGUAUUAGCUACUGUAUAUAGUAUGUUUAAAUAACCAACUAGUUACUCUUAAAUUUUAUCCCUUUCAAAUAUAUAUAUAUAUAUAUAUGUGUGUAUGCGUUUAUAAUAUAUACCAUAUAUAAUACAAUAUAGAUAUGUUUCAUAUUCAACUGAUGGUUUCUAUAUUUUUUUUAUUAAUUUAUUAUUUAAGUUCCACUUAUUAAAUUAUAUCAAAGUUAAACUUAAUUUUAUCUUAUAAUCACCAACUACUUCAUACUUAGAUAAUAAA